GUGGGAACGAUUCCCAAAAAACUGGGUAGGCGUGGGGACAGGGCUCAGCUAUCGCCACUCCCCCCCAGGCUGCCCCUCCAAGAAGCCCAAGGGCAAAAGCGCGCCAGCCCGGAGGUCAAGCGGAGGCGCUCUGGCACUACUCUGCCUCCCGGCGCAGGCCUCAGUCUCCUCCUCCGGGCAGUGGGUCGGCAUCCCGCGCUGGGAAGAACAGCUCCCGUAGGCCCGCCCGAGCCGGCCCCUCCCCGGAGCCUCCCCGAGGGUGUGGACGCGUCUGGGUCUAGUUCCCACCCACCGCCCCAGGGGCCCGGACGGGAAGGCGCUGCCGGCGGGCGCGCGGGGAGGGAGCCCGGUGCGCUCGGACCUGCGCGCGGAAGGUGCGCCCGGGUCGGCCGCGGAGUUCCCCGGCGGGGGCGGCAGGCCGGGCGGGGACGAGGUCCGAGGGCCCCGGGAGCGGCCGCCGCGCCGGGAGGUUCGGCCGCGAGCGUGACAUCACGGGGAGGGGCCAGCGCGGCGCCCCCGGCGAGGAGCCGAGCGCGGAGGGCGCAGCGCCGGAGCCGGAGCCGGAGCCGAGCGGCGGGGAGCGCACGCCGAGGCCCCAUGGAGCGGUACAAAGGUAAGGGCGCGGGGCCCCCGCCGGGUGCACCCACUUCCUUCCCGCCCCGCACAACGGGAGGAGACCUCGGGAGGGCGCGGGCGUCCCCGCCGCACCCCACGUCCCGCCGGGACUCAGCCCUGGAGCAGCUGCUGACGGAGCUGGAGGACUUCCUCAAGAUCCUGGACCAGGAGAGCCUGAGCAGCACAGCCGUGGAGAGGAAGAGUGGUCUGGCCGAGCUCCUCCGCCUGUACAUCAAAAGCAGCAGUUCUGAUGAGGAGUACAUUUACAUGAAUAAAGUGACGGUCAACAAGCCACAGAAUGCCGAGUCCCAAGACAAAGCGCCGGAGGAGCGGAGCCCACUGGCCAACGGGGAGCCCCGCCAGCACGCCACGGCCCCUCAGAAGAGUCUCCCGGACCUCCCGCCCGCCAAGACCAUUCCAGAACGGAAACAGCUCUCCAUCCCAAAGAUCGAGUCUCCAGAGGGUUACUAUGAAGAGGCUGAGCCGUAUGACAUGUCCGUCAAUGGUCAUUCCGGCAGAGCCCCCUCCACCGGAGUCCCCAGAUGGGUGCAGGUGCCCGAAGGAGUCAUUUACGCCACCAUCACCUUGGAGGAUGGAGAGGCCGUGAGCAGCUCCUACGAGUCCUACGACGAGGAUGAAGGCAGCAAGGGCAAGUCGGCCCCCUACCAGUGGCCCUCGCCCGAGGCCAGCAUCGAGCUGAUGCGCGACGCCCGCAUCUGCGCCUUCCUGUGGCGCAAGAAGUGGCUGGGGCAGUGGGCCAAGCAGCUCUGCGUCAUCAGGGACACCCGACUCCUGUGUUACAAAUCCUCCAAGGACCACAGCCCUCAGCUGGACGUGAACUUGCUGGGCAGCAGCGUCGUACACAAGGAGAAGCAAGUGCGGAAGAAGGAGCACAAGCUGAAGAUCACGCCGAUGAACGCCGACGUCAUCGUCCUGGGCCUGCAGAGCAAGGACCAGGCGGAGCAGUGGCUGAGGGUCAUCCAGGAGGUGAGCGGCCUGCCUUCAGACGGUGCGGCCGAGGGAAACCAGUACUCCCCUGAGGCCCAGCGCCUGAGCUGUCAGAAGGCAGAUAUAUCCGAGAAGUACCUGUCCGCCUCGGAGUAUGGGAGCUCUGUAGAUGGCCACCCUGAGGUCCCCGAGACCAAAGAUGUGAAGAAGAAGUGCUCUGCGGGCCUCAAACUGAGCAACCUGAUGAACCUGGGCAGGAAGAAGUCCACCUCGCUGGAGCCUGCAGAGAGGUCCCUGGAGACCGCCUGUAAGAAGCGCAGCGCCUCCUGGGCCGCAGGGCUUGACCCCUGGGCUGCAGCCCGUCUCCAGGAAGGCAGCUCAGACAGCGAAGGCAGGGGCUGUUACCUGAACGUGCUGGUGAACAGCCAGUGGAAGUCACGCUGGUGCUCCGUCAGGGACAGCCACCUGCACUUCUACCAGGACCGGAACCGCAGCAAGGUGGCCCAGCAGCCCCUGAGCCUGGUGGGCUGUGAGGUGGUCCCGGACCCGAGCCCGGACCACCUGUACUCCUUCCGCAUCCUCCACAACGGCGAGGAGCUGGCCAAGCUCGAGGCCAAGUCUUCCGAGGAAAUGGGCCACUGGCUCGGCCUCCUGCUCUCCGAGUCGGGCUCCAAGACAGACCCAGAGGAAUUCACCUACGACUACGUGGAUGCAGACAGGGUCUCCUGUAUUGUGAGUGCGGCCAAGAACUCCCUGCUAUUGAUGCAGAGGAAAUUCUCAGAGCCCAACACUUACAUUGACGGCCUGCCCAGCCAGGAUCGCCCGGAGCUGCUGUAUGACGACGUGGAGAUGUCCGAGCUGACGGCCGUGGUGGACCCCGAGGAAGCCGCCCCGGCCACAGAUGCUCCGAGCGAGCUCGACCCUGACCGCAUGUACCUGGACCUCACGCCGGUCAAGUCCUUCCUGCACAGUCAGGGCGGCACCCAGGCCCGAGGCUGCUCCCCCACACCGCCCUGCCUGGACCCUCCAGCAGAGGCCCUCCCUGCAGACCCGGGCCCCACCCCAGAUGAGCCCCCCGUCGUUACAUCUGCAGAGACCCCCGAGUUGCAGGUGCAGCAGGAGAGUCUGGAGCCUGAGGAGCUGUCCCCCAGAAUCUCGACGGUCAAAAUCCAGACUGAACAGCAAAAACUCUCCUUCUCAUCGAGCUGCCCCGACGCUGUGGCUGUCACCCCAGCCGGGGCCAGCACGCCUGCGAAGGACAGGCUGAGGGUGACCUCUGCAGAGAUCAAACUUGGCAAGAACAGGACGGAAGCUGAGGUGAAGCGGUACACGGAGGAGAAGGAGAGGCUGGAGAAGAAGAAGGAAGAAAUCCGGGGGCACCUGGCUCAGCUCCGGAAGGAGAAACGGGAGCUGAGGGAGACCCUGUCCAAAUGCACAGCCGGCCUCAUUCCCAUUCCAGACAAGGGGGCGCUGGCCAGCCUGGAGCAGAAGCUGAAGGAGAUCGACGAGGAGUGCAGGGCGGAGGAGAGGAGGCGCGUGGACCUCGAGCUCAGCAUCGUGGAGGUGAAGGACAACCUGAAGAAGGCCGAGGCCGGGCCCGUGACGCUGGGCACCACGGUGGACACCUCCCACCUGGAGACCGUGAGCCCCCGAGCAUCGCUCUUUUGUCACCACAGCCCAAAGCCGCCGCCCCCACCCCUGCCCCAGAUUGCACCCCCGUCAACUCUGCCACGGCGCUCAAGAACAGACCUCUUUCCGUCAUGGUCACAGGCAAAGGCACCGUCCUCCAGAAAGCCAAGGAAUGGGAGAAGAAAGGGACCAGUUAGGACACAAGCGUCACGGGAAGCCUCUCCUGCCCACGUGGACCGUGGCGACACCCCCGCUUCGCCCAGGCCUUCCUUCAAGCAGCGACUCUGUGAGCGGGUGAGUCUGUUUAACAGGAAACACAAGGACGGGGGACCGCGCACAGAGAGCUCCGGCUGAUGGGGGGCGCGGGCCCUUUGCAGAGAAGGAACUAGCAGGACCGGAGAGAGAGCUGUGACUUCAGCCGGCGCCGACGCCAUGGAUGACGCGGUAACGGAGCAGGAAAUACUUGGGACCACGCGGAGGCACUGUCCCCACUCAGUUAAGGACCUUUUGAAAGUGACGCUGUAUUAUAUUUUUAAAAACAUGUCUCCAAUCCUGUAAUUUAGAACAGUGAAGUGUCUUUUGAGAUUUAACUGACUUUCGACAUUAUCGUAGGAAAAAAAGAGAUUAAUUAGUACUUUGUGUUUACAGAGUCCGUCCUGUGGCCAUUCUUAAGAGUUAUUUAAUAUCAUGCUCUCGUAGUCCCGGUUUUUUAAAAUUGUGCUUAAUGUCCGGGCACCUUCCAAGAUAAUAAAAGGGGUGAGUUCGGGGUGGGCCCCCGUCUUUUCCUCCGAUGGCAUUGUUUGCCAACGCAGGUUGAAACAUUUCAUCCGCCAUCUCCGCCUCACGUCCGGGGGUUCUCGGAACUAAAGUUCUUUCCAACCCCAGGGCAUUUAUUUCCUUUGUCAUAAACACGGUGAGUUAGAUUUUUCUAAAAAAAAAUAAAAUGUUAAUUGUAUUUUUGGAGGUUUCUUGUAUUUCAUGGAGUGACUUGGCAGGGCCUGUUGGACUUGUACCUCAAGGGGGAAUGUCUUGGUUAUUUAUUUACACCCUGAACUUCAAAACGUGUGUGUAAAACCGAGGGCUUUACAAGGUGCCAUCUUAGCAGGUGAUGUUAUGCCUCCUUGACUCCAGGAGCAUAGAUGGAAAACGGAAAGGGUUUUCAAAGUAUAAUUAACCACGCGCCAAAUCCACUAGAAACAUCUGCAGGAACUGACUACUUCUGGAAGCUAAACACAUUCCUAAAUCAUUCUUUGGGGAAAGAAACCGGUACUUAGAGAGUUGCCUAAGUGGUAAAUUAAGGAAGUUCCUAGCAUAAAUGUGUUUAUUUUUACAAAUAACAAAAUUUGCCAAUCUUUUUGGGCAGGACCUUUUUCAUGUACGUCCAAAAUUAAGAUUUGGUUUUUCUUUUGCCAGUAUGUGUUGGAUUUUUGGUUCCAGAGCUGUGCUAACUGUAUACAAUGGAAAAUACUCCUCAAACUGCUAUGUUCAUAGCAUUUUCUUGUGAUUCAAGAAAAUCUUGUCAGCAUGUGUA